AGAGUUACCUGCCUGCAGCCUCUCCCCCAUGGCCCCGCCCUGCUCUGUUCUCAGGUGGAGCUCAUGAGCCUGAGCGACAACCUCGGAUUCAUUUCAUCCAUCAGACAGCAGCGUCCAACCCAGACAAGGUGACAUCAUGGUGUACCAUCCUGAGUUUGAGCGUGCAGGUCAGGGGGCGGAGCUUCAGGUGUGGCGGGUGGAGAAGAUGGACCUGGUUCCUGUUCCUGAGAGUCUGUACGGAGGGUUCUACAGCGGCGACGCGUACCUGAUUCUCCACAGCACCAAGAGUCGCACCGGACCCACACAGUACGACCUGCACUACUGGAUAGGUUCAGAGUGUUCUCAGGAUGAGAGCGGGGCAGCGGCCAUCUUUGCGGUGAAGAUGGAUGACUACCUGGAAGGGCUGCCGAUCCAGUACCGCGAAGUCCAGAACCACGAGUCCAGCACCUUCACUGGGUACUUCAAGACCGGACUCAAGUACAUGAAAGGGGGCGUGGCCUCAGGGUUCCAACACGUAGUGACCAAUGACGUGGACGUUCAGCGUCUGCUGCAAGUCAAAGGUCGUCGUGUCGUCAGGGCAACGGAGGUUCCUGUCAGCUGGGAGAGUUUCAACCAGGGAGACAGCUUCAUCCUGGACCUGGGAGAGGAAAUCAUCCAGUGGUCUGGUUGCCAUAGUAACCACUUUGAGAAGCUGAAGGCCACCACGGUGUCUAAGGGUAUUCGUGAUGACGAGCGGUGUGGGCGGGCCACUUUGGUGGUCUGUAACGAAGGGGAGGAGCCAGAGAAGAUGCUGGAGGUUCUCGGGGAGAAGCCGGACCUGCCUGACAGUCACCAUGACGACACCAAGAGGGACGCCUCCCACAGGAAACAGGCGCGGCUCUAUAAGGUGUCCAACACCGGCUCUGACAUAGAGGUUACCAUGGUAGCAGAGCAGAAUCCAUUCCGCCAGGAUGCUUUGCUGCCCGGCGACUGUUUCAUCCUCGACAACGGAGCCAACGGACAACUCUACAUCUGGAAAGGUAAGGAGGCGAGCGUCGACGAGCGGCUCGCCGUCAUGAAGACUGCCGAGAAGUUCAUUGACAAGAUGAACUACCCAGCACACACACAGGUCCAGGUCCUUCCUCAGCACGGGGAGACGCCGCUCUUCAAACAAUUCUUUAAGGACUGGAGGGACCCCGACGACACGAUCGGCAUGGGAACGGCCUAUGUGUCCAAUCAGAUCGCAAAGAUCAAGAAGGUCCCGUUUGACAUGGCAGAGCUCCACCAAUCAGAAGCCAUGGCUGCGCAGAGCGGGAUGGUCGACCGGGGAGACGGAGACAAACAGAUCUGGCGUGUUGAAGGAUCCGAUAAGGUUCUGGUGGAUCCAUCUGUGUUCGGUCAGUUCUUUGGAGGAGACAGUUACAUCAUCCUGUACGAGUAUCACCACGACAACCGAGAUGGGCACAUCAUCUACAUAUGGCAGGGGGCGGAGUCCAGCCAGGAUGAGCUCGGAGCGUCGGCCAUCUUGGCGGUCCAGCUGGAUGAUGAACUGGGAGGCGGUCCUGUUCAGGUGCGGGUGGUUCAGGGAAAAGAGCCCGCCCACCUCAUGAGCCUGUUCGGAGGACAACCAAUGGUGGUGUACAAGGGUGGGACAUCCAGAGACGGCAGCCAAUCACAGGCAGAGGACACGCGCCUCUUCCAGAUUCAAGCCAAUCCGGCGGGAGACUGCAGAGCUGUGGAGGUGGACCCAUCCUCCUCCAGCCUGAACACCAGCGACGUGUUCCUCCUCGUGUCUCCUUCUGGAUCCUGGACCUGGAGAGGGGCCAGCAGCAGUCCAGCUGAGGCCCCUGGGGCCGAGAGGCUGGCUGAAGUCCUGCAGGUGACCCCGACCAUGCUGGAGGAGGGGGUGGAGGAAGGUGCAUUCUGGGAUACGUUGGGGGGGCAGGAUGGCUACAAGAGGUCCCCUCGCCUCAAGUCCACGAUGGAGGAUCAUCCUCCUCGCCUGUUCGCCUGCUCCAACAAGACCGGGAACUUCCUGAUGGAGGAGGUUCCAGGUGAGAUGAUGCAGGCUGACCUCGCUCCUGAUGAUGUCAUGGUCUUGGAUACCUGGGACCAGGUGUUUGUUUGGAUCGGAAAGGAGGCUCUCGAGGAGGAGAAGAAGGAGGCGGUGUCUUCAGCUGUCAGGUACAUUGAGAGUGACCCGGCGGACCGAGACUCAGGGACAUCCAUCGUGAUGGUCAAACAGGGAUUCGAACCGCCCACCUUUACGGGCUGGUUCCUGGGCUGGAACCACGAGUACUGGACCACCGACCCGCUGGAGGAUCUGUGACAUCACUUCCUGUUUACACAUAAAUGAUCUGUCUCACUGCUCUGAUCAAUAAAAGCUGUCUGACCACC